AUGGCCGACGUCACCAACGCUGAUGGCGACCGUAUCAGCCCAGAGCUCUGGACCUCUCAUAACGCGAUGGUGGUGGAACCUUUGGACACCAACGACCCAGAGGUGUACGAGAUCAUCCGGAAGGAGAAGCAGCGGCAGCGGCUCGGGCUGGAGCUGAUCGCGUCGGAGAACUUUGCGAGUCGAGCGGUCCUGGAAGCCCUGGGCUCCUGUAUGAACAACAAGUAUUCAGAAGGCUACCCGGGGCAAAGAUACUACGGCGGGACGGAGUUUGUGGACGAACUGGAGAGGCUGUGCCAGAAGCGGGCUUUGGAGGCUUAUGGGCUGGACCCUCAGAAAUGGGGCGUCAACGUCCAGCCCUAUUCAGGGUCUCCCGCCAACUUUGCCGUCUACACCGCCUUGGUGGAACCCCACGGCAGAAUCAUGGGGCUGGAUCUGCCCGACGGGGGUCACCUGACGCACGGCUUCAUGACCGACAAGAAGAAGAUCUCGGCCACCUCCAUCUUCUUUGAAUCCAUGCCGUACAAGGUCAACCCUGAAACGGGUUAUAUCAACUAUGACCGAUUAGAGGAGAACGCACGCCUGUUCCAUCCGAAACUGAUAAUUGCAGGGGUCAGCUGCUACUCGCGUAACCUGGAAUACGCCCGCCUGAGGAAGAUCGCUGAUGAGAACAGCGCGUACCUGAUGGCCGACAUGGCCCAUAUCAGUGGCUUGGUGGCCGCCGGAGUGGUGCCGUCGCCCUUCGAGCACUGCGAUGUGGUCUCCACCACGACCCACAAAACCUUACGGGGGUGCCGGGCGGGCAUGAUCUUCUACAGGAAAGGUGCUCGGAGUGUGGACCCCAAAACUGGAAAGGAAGUCCCGUACAACUUCGAAAGCCUCAUUAAUCAAGCCGUGUUUCCGGGGUUGCAGGGAGGGCCUCACAACCACGCCAUUGCAGGAAUUGCCGUCGCCCUCAAGCAAGCCAUGACCCCGGAAUUCAAAAUUUACCAGAAGCAGGUGGUCGCCAACUGCAAAGCUCUGGCGAAGGCGCUCAUGGCCUUGGGGUACCACAUUGUGACCGGGGGGUCCGACAACCAUCUAAUCCUGGUGGACCUGCGGAGCCGAGGAACAGAUGGCGGGCGGGCAGAACGGGUGCUCGAGCUGUGCUCGAUCGCGUGCAACAAGAACACCUGCCCAGGGGACAAGAGUGCGCUGAGGCCCAGCGGGCUGAGAUUAGGGACCCCGGCUCUGACCUCCAGGGGCUUCGUGGAAAAGGACUUCCAAAAAGUAGCUCACUUCAUUCAUAAAGGUAUCGAGCUCACCUUGCGGGUCCAGAAUGACAUGAGCCCCAAAGCGACAUUGCGGGAGUUUAAGGAGAAGCUGGUGUCCGACGAGAAGUACCAGGCGUCCCUGAAGUCCCUCAAGGAAGAGGUGGAGGUCUUUGCGGAGGCCUUCCCCAUCCCCGGGUUGCCCGUUCUGUAAA